AUGGAUGAAGGAAGCUUGGUUGCCUGGCUCAACUCCUUGGAUCUGAAAUCAACUGUCCUUGUGAACAGCGUCCAAGAUUUGCUUGACGGCUCCGUUCUAAGAGACGUCGCCGCUUUCGUGCUGAAGCAUGAUGGUGCUGAUGCUCCUACAGACAGGACCUAUCCAAGAGACGUGAUCGUGAUGGUUUGCGAUGAUCUCCAUUCCUUCUUCUCAAAGGGAAAUGCUUCUCCUUCAUCUGAGAGAAUCUGCACGGUCGUUCGCGCCAUUGGUCGGUAUGUGCUGGAGACGGAAGCGAUGGCCCGAGCAGCUGACCAGAAGUUCCACUCGAGUCUCACUUGGAUCUUUUGUCUCCUCCGCUUCCUCUACGGCGAUGGUCCUUUCCCAGGAUUUGACAACUUGAGCCUGAGCACGGGAAGACUGGAACAAGUCGUCGAUGAGAGCAGUAGAACGAGCUUGAGCAGCUUUCAGCCUGAUAGCCUCCUCUUUUCCAUCAAUCAGCCGAGGCUCGCUCCUGUACCGACACCCCCUCUUCGCAUGCUCUUUUCCCCUCAGCCCAAAAAUCCAAGGAUAGAGCGUUCCUCCUUAUCGUCUCACUCCCUUGCCGCUAUGAAACCAUCCCUUGGCAACCUCCACAAGUCUGUGGAUCCCAGGCUGGUGACUGUUGCGAGGAGGGAGGAAAGGCUCGCGAUUUCUCGCCGCCAACCUGCACCGGAGAAGCCAUGGCGAGUGAGCAAGGAAAGCAUCCCGCAGGCAAAGAAGGUCGUGAGAUGGACGAGAACAUUGGGGGUCGAGUUGGUGGAUGGUGAAGAAGAUUUUGAAGAGCAUGCGAUAGCUCGCUCUCUCCGUGAUGGAUGGAAACUUUGCUUGCUGGUCCGCGUCCUGUUCCCCAAAGUGUCCAUGAAGGGAGUUCUCAAGAAGGCUGAGAAGCGAGCAAGCAGGCUGCACAACGUCGAGCAGGCGCUUGAAGUGCUUCGAAGUCACUCGAGCAUGAGGAGCAGGUGGUUGUGGUCCGGAACCUCUGAUCGGCUGCUUGUAGCGGAGAAGAUAGUUGAUGAGGAUCCAGAGGCGGCUGAGGGUCUCCUUGGGGAUAUCUUCGACUCCUUCAACCCUAGACAGAUUCCGGAGCGCGAUGAAGAAACAUUCACCUCCGGUCCGCGCAGACCACACGACAGAGAGAGGGAGGCGAAGGAGGAGCAGGUAGACGAGAUCGAACAAGUCGAAGAGAUGGGCAGGAAACUCUCGAAGUCAGAGAGCGUGCGGUUGGUGCAGUGGCUCAGAGACAUGAAGAUCGAUGCUACAAGCAUCGUCCGUCAUGCUCCUUGCGUUGUAGACCAGGAUCUGCUGACGAGCGUCUCCUCCUCCUCUAUCUUCGAGGACCCCGUGAGAAACGGCUUUCUCCUGUGGAGUGUUUGCGAUGCUCUGGAGCCGGAAGGAUCGAGGAGGAAAUUCGACAAGCCCAGGAGCUUGCAGCAGGCGCGAGAAAAUCUUCUCAAAUCGUUAGAUACUCUGUUCGAUCGAGGAAGGGGAAGGUGGAAGGAUGCGGUGUUGCUGCGGAUCCUGUGGACCUUUGCGAAGUCUCGGAACUUUGAGACGAGGAGGAGGGGAGCAAAGGAGCAGAUCCGAUCAGAGCAAGAGAGGGCUCUCAUGGCUUGGCUCCAGCGGUUGUGCCUGAGCUCGAGUGUGCAUGAUCAGAUUGUCAAGACUGAGAAGGUUGCGAGCAACAACUUGACCCGCGUGCUCGAGAGCCUUCUGAGCAUCCAACAAGUCUCGCACGUGCACUGCCGCCUUGAUCUUGUCCCCAGGAUCCUUCGAGGAGAGCGCGAUGUCGUUCUUGGAUUGCUCGAAGAUCUGAUGCGAUGCCAUGAAGGGAUCAAACCCGACAAGAGGUUCUACGGUGAAGGAGGAGAGAUUCUUCCUUAUCUUGGGCGGGAGGGGCAUCAAGCUCUGCAAGCAUGCAAGGGAAAGGAGAAGGAGAAGGAGACGAGGGGGGAGCGACGAGAAGGAGAGGCUAAGCAAGAGAAUCAGCAAGAAGAAAUCUCGACUGAGGAGUCUAAAGGAGGAGGGAAGAGAAAACUUGGACCGGAGUUGAAGCACUGGAAACGAGAAAUGCUUCGCAGUCAUGACUUGCGACUAAACGAGAUCAUGGCUGAUGGCGUGCUGCUGUGCGACCUCGUCGCUUUCCUCGAGAACCUCAAGCACGAUCUUCCAGGCCUCUCUCGUCUCCCCAAGUCAGCUGCGAGCAAGCGGCACAACGUUGGGAAGGCGCUGGCGAAGCUUCGGGAGAAGAGCUCGAUGCCCUGCACUUACUUGUACAGUGAGGAUCGGAUCCUUGAGGGAGACCUCGACGUCUGCCUUGGACUCCUUCUGGACAUGCAUCGAGCCUACCAGCGACGAACGCUGCAGCUCUGA